AUGGCCUCAAUCUCUGCCGACCGUCCUAUUACGGCGGGCCCUGCGACCACCGCUGCGAAUUCAGAUUCCUCCGGUCGCCCACAGAAACCACAGGAAUCGUGGACGUCCGAUUCCUCGGGGAAUGCGGUCGCAUCCGAAUCACCACUACACUAUUCGUCCUUUUCCAGCUCCGACAGCGACGAUCCGCUCCAUUCUUCCAAUGAAGUGGACGAAGACGAUGCCAGCGACGUGGUGGGAGUCAGUAUUGGGCGCGCCCAGAGCCGCAUGAAAGCCCGCGCAACCCCCGCCGAAGAGAAAAAUAGAGCGCUAGAAUCGAAUGGUGGAUACUUUUCGGCAAUCCCGGAUCCUAUCAGCGAAGAUGGCUUGUUCGUCUCUCAGCUCACGGCUGAACCUGAGCAGGUGGAGCCGAGGGCUUCUCCCCAAGUGCAGACGAAGCAUCCUGCCGCGCGCUCAUCAGUGGAUCACCGCACGCCGCGAGGCCCUCACACUGAUCAGCCGGUGGCUAAGGAGACGGGCAGCCAUCGGUCGAGUUUCACCCGCUCACUACUCAAGACUUCCUUGCCCAAACGCCCACGUGCUUGGUCAGGGGAGUUGAAGAGGUUCCUGCCUGACUUGGGAUCGUUGACCAAGGUACCGUCCCUUUCCUUCCGGGGUAAUGCGCAGAACCGGGCACGCAGUCAGACAACGGAGGGCUCGAGUAAACGGAUACCAGGCCAAGAAACCAGAGCAUGUUCGCUAGACCGGAGAAAGCCACCCUCCCCGCAAGCAACAACCAAUGCCAGCCCUUAUGAAGACGAAGAUGAUGCGCGAUCCAUUUCAGAGCUACAGCCGCUCGAUGGCAGCUCGGCUGUAAAACAUUCAUACUCCAGGCGGCCCAGUGCGACACCAAAGCGACCAGCGAGCCUGCGGCGAUCUUCUUCCGAUCAAUCAUUGUAUUUGCGGGCAUCCUCGACUGCCUCGUCGUUAGAACAGCGACCGCUAUAUACGAAUGUCCAUUCACAGGUCAACAGCCGCUUCAAGGCGAUCAAAGACAGCUUGCAGGAUUCCAGUAGCCGGCUCCUUAGCAUGCCCAGUCUGCACUUGCAAGAUAUUCGCGGCGAUUGGGCCAACCGGCCCUUCUUCAACGAGAACGGCUUCAUUUCGAACAGUUCAGGCGAAAAGGGCGUCAAUGGACACACAACUGCACCCCCACCUCCACCUCCCCGAAACCAUCCUCAAUCGACGCAUCCAAUUCUGGAAGAAGCCAUGGGAGAUCUUGUAGGCGAUGUCGUGAUUCUAGGAGGUUACCGAGGCUCGAUUCUGCGGUCUGCUAAGCCGCCACACCGACAGCUUUGGGUGCCGAUGAAGGUUGGACUGAACCUGCGAAAGGUGGAUCUGGAAGUCGGUUUGACUCGAGAGGACGAAGAGCGCAUGGAGGAGACCAUCAUCCCCUCUGGCGUACUGUCCCACGUUGGUCCCGUGGAUGUUUGUCGCAGGUUGAUGAAGCGGCUGCGCAAGUGCGACAAUGCCAUCCGCGGCGACAUGCGCGUCUGGGACUACGGAUACGACUGGCGUCUCAGCCCUGACCUGUUAUCCAAACAGCUUAUCGAGUUCCUGGAACGCUUACCAUGCAACCGGGGCUCGUCAGAUGGCAAACUCCCAAGCCGGCGCGGUGCGACGGUCAUCGCUCACAGUUUAGGCGGACUCAUUACUCGGCACGCUGUGAAUCAGCGACCUGAUCUCUUCGCGGGCGUCGUGUAUGCGGGAGUACCGCAGCACUGCGUCAACAUCCUCGGUCCGCUCCGCAACGGCGAUGACGUCCUACUCAGUUCGCGGGUUCUAACCGCACAAGUCAACUUCACCUUCCGAACGAGCUUUGCCCUACUCCCCGAAGACGGCCACUGCUUCAUCGACAAACAGUCCAAGGAAGAAUUCCGUGUGGACUUCUUCGACCCCAAGAUGUGGGAGGAGCACCGCCUCUCCCCCUGCUGUGGCCCCGCCCUCCCUCCAGCAGGGAGCCGAGGCUUCAAAGAUUUCGCCAACAUCAGCAAGCGUUUCUCACUCGGUGCUCGCGACGAAUUGAACCUCAACGAGCUAGACCUCAACGAUACAAACACUAGCACAGAAGACGAUAACCCCCAUCGCAUCGGCCACCUCCCUCAUUCCUCCACCGCUCCAGCCAACACAGCCUUCUCAUCAUCCGAUAAAGUUGGCGAUAAAGUCGGCGAUAAAGUGGACAAAGCCCAAGACAAAGCCAGCGAAGCCAUCCCCAGCGUCGACGGCCUCGUCGGCCCAAACCCGAACCCACGCGGCAGCGCAGGCGCGAGCAAAGCCUCAACAACCUGUACAAUCCCCCACGCUGUAGCAAUGGAGUACCUCCAACGUACCCUGGCGGAAAUCAAGCGCUUCAAGUACGAGACGGAAUUCCAACCCUCUCACCAAAUGGAGAACCAGUACCCGCCUGCCGCCGUGCUCUACGGCAAGAGCGUGCCGACGGUAUACGGUGCGCGUGUCACCUCGCGCGAGGCGAUCAAGCGUACGGAUUGCUACGAUGAUCUUGCUUUUGCGGCGGGUGAUGGUGUUUGUCUUGCUUCGGCGGCUAUGUUGCCUCCUGGGUAUCGGAUUAUCAAGCACGGUCUCGUGAAGAGUGAUCGUGGACAUGUUGGAUUGCUUGGUGAUCUUGAAGGUGUGGGACAGUGUUUGCGGGCUAUUAUUCGGGGUCGGAAAGAGGGUGUUGGGUUGGGGAAUUCGAAGUGA